GCGCCGAGGAGCCUGGCCGCUGAGUCUCCCUGCCCCGGUCCCUGCGGCCCCGGAGCCUCUGCGCCCGACUCGCCGCAGGACCGCCGGCCGGGACCCAGGUCCAGGAACGCGGCGCGCCCUGCGGGGAGAGCGGGGCGUUCGGUUCCCUGGCCCCCAUGCAAGGCGCAGCCGUUGGAAAGGCUCCGGACUUGGUCCCUGAAUAAGCCCCGGCGGGGGUGCCCGGCGUGCCGGAGAUUUGCCCGGGGCUGCGAGUGGCACUGUUUUGUGCCUGGAGAGAGCGAGGGGGCGGAUGCGCGCAGGGCACCCUCGGAGCAGAUAACCUGUGACACGGCUUCCGAGCCAGCGGGAGACACGGUUUCGUUUGGCUUCGUUUAGUGCGCAGGUGGUGGGCUUUCGGUGAAAUGCUAUUUUGGUUAAAAGAAGAAAUGGCCACCCAGGAGCUCACCCGGCGGCUGGCCACGGCGAUCACGCAUGUCGAUGAAAUCAUGCAACAGGAAGUCAGGCCCUUGGUGGCAGCGGAUAUAAUAGAACAACUUCACAGACAAUUUGCCAUUCUUUCAGGAGGGCGAGGGAAGGACGGUGCGCCCAUCAUCACUUUUCCAGAGUGCGUGGGGUUCAAACGCAUCCCCGAGGAGGACUUCCUGAAUGUGCUGACAUACCUGACGAGCAUCCCCAGCGUGGAGGCUGCCAGCAUCGGAUUUGUCAUUGUCAUCGACAGACGAAGGGACAAGUGGAGCUCCAUAAAGGCAUCCUUGAUUCGAAUAGCUGCGGCAUUUCCGGGAAACCUGAAGCUCAUCUUCAUCCUCCGUCCAUCUCGCUUCCUCCAGAGGACAUUCACGGACCUUGGCAUCAAGUACUAUCGAGACGAAUUCAAGAUGAAGGUGCCGAUCAUCAUGCUAAACUCCGUUUCCGACCUUCAUGGCUACAUUGACAAAAGCCAGCUGACUCGGGAGCUAGGGGGAACUUUGGAAUAUCGCCACAGCCAGUGGGUAAAUCAUCGCACUGCCAUAGAAAAUUUUGCCUUGACCUUGAAGACCACUGCGCAGAUGCUGCAGAUGUUUGGGGCCUGCCUGGCCACAACAGAGCUCCCCAAAGGCGUGCUACCCACCGAAGACCUUCUUAUGUCCCACACCCGGCAACAGGACAAGAUUCAGGAUGAGCUGAAAUUACUAGGAAAGCAAGGGGCCACCCUGCUGUCAUGUGUCCAAGAACCAGCAACCAAACAUUUCUCCAGCAAACUCAGUCCCAGUGAACUUGAGAAUAUAGCUACCAUGGAAAGGUUAUUAGUUCAACUGGGUGAAACAGAAAAAGCCUUCAGUCAGUUUUGGUUCGAGCACCACCUGAAGCUUAACCAGUGCCUACAACUACAGCGCUUUGAGCACAAUUUUUGCAAGGUGAAGCUUGCCCUGGACAAUCUGCUGGAAGAGCAGGCAGAGUUUACAGCCAUUGGAGACAGUGUGAUGCACGUGGAGCAACUGCUUAAGGAGCGCAAAAUCUUGGAGGAAAAAGGCCAGGAGCCCCUGGAGAAGGCCCAGUUCCUCGCACUGGCUGGGGACCGGCUCAUCCAAAGCCCCCAUUACGCGGCGGACUCCAUCGGGCCCAAGUGUGCGGAGCUCAGGCGCCUCUGUGACGACUUCACCAAUGAAAACAAGAAAAAAUAUGACAUUUUAGGGAAAUCCUUGGAACUGCAUAGACAGCUGGACAAGGUCAGCCAGUGGUGCGAAGCAGGAAUCUACCUCUUGGCUUCCCAAGCUGUGGACAAGUGCCAGUCUCGAGAGGGGAUCGACAUUGCCUUGAAUGACAUCAAGACAUUCCAGGCCACUGCCAAGGAGUACCAGCUGCUCAGCCCCAAGGAGUUUCACAGCCAGUUUGAGUUGCUACUCACCCUUGAUGUAAAGGCCAAAGCCCAGAAAGUCCUGCAGAAGCUUGCUGACGUGCAGGAAAUAUUUCACAAGAGACAAGUGAGCCUGAUGAAACUGGCAGCCAAACAGACCCGCCCAGUGCAGCCCGUGGCCCCCCAUCCUGAGUCCUCACCAAAAUGGGUGUCACCAAAACCCAGCCAGCCCUCCGCCUUGGCCCCUCUUCAGAGAGCAGCUGAGGGACCUCAUAUGGAGACAGAUUUGACGGCCCCGGAAAAGGAAGACGACGAGUCUAAACUUGAAGUCAAGAAUGGAGAAACACUGGAAAGGAGUGAGAAUGACGGGGGGAGCCCUGAGUUGGAGCAGCCUGGCAGAGAAGACCUCUCCCCCAGCAGGCACAUUAUACAGGAUUUGCUUGAGACCGAAGAGAUUUAUAUAAAAGAAAUGAAGAGCAUAAUUGAUGGAUAUAUCACUCCAAUGGAUUUUAUUUGGCUAAAGCAUCUGAUUCCAGAUGUUUUACAGAAUAACAAGGACUCUCUCUUUGGGAACAUUAAAGAACUUUAUGAAUUUCACAGCAGGACUUUUCUAAAAGAAUUGGAAAAGUGUGUGGAAAACCCUGAACUUCUGGCAUGCUGUUUUCUCAAGAGAAAAGAAGACCUCCAAAUGUAUUUUAAGUACCAUAAGAACCUGCCCCUUGCGAGGGCGGUCUGGCAAGAAUGUCGGGAGUGCGCCUACUUCGGGGUAUGCCAGCGCCAACUGGACCACAGCUUCCCUCUCUUUAAGUACCUUGGAGGACCAGGCCAGAGAUUGAUAAAAUACCAGGAGCUGUUGAAGGGUCUACUGGAUCUUGAGUCUCCUGAAGAUGUGGAAAUGGACCCUGGUGAACUAGAAGGAACCUUGACUAAGGAUGUCCCAAAGAAGACCAAGAUGUCCCAAGGAUUCUCAACCGAACUCCAACAGGCUCUGGCAGUGAUAGAGGAUCUGAUCAAGUCUUGCGAGUUGGCUGUGGACCUCGCCGCUGUAUCUGGAUGUCCGGAUGACAUGGAAAAGCUGGGCAGGCUGUUGAUGCAUGGCCCAUUCAGCGUGUGGACCAUUCACAAGGACCGUCACAAAGUGAAGGAUUUUAUUAGAUUUAAGCCCAGCCAAAGGCAAAUCUACCUAUUUGAACGAGGAAUUGUGUUCUGUAAGAUUCGAAUGGAGCCUGGCGACCAGGGGUUAUCUCCUCACUACAGCUUUAAGAAGUCUCUGAAGUUGGUGACACUUUCAAUUCGCCAACUUGGAAGGGGAAGCAAUAAAAAGCUGGAAAUCGCCAACCGAAACGGACUGGAGAAAUACAUCCUGCAGGCACCUUCAAAAGAAAUCAGAGAUUGUUGGUUUUCAGAAAUAAGUAAAUUAUUGAUGGAACAACAGAACGAUAUUAAAGACAAAGAAAAUCUACACUUUGAGGCAACCACUGACAAGGGCCAUGCCGUGGAAGGUGCUCCCUGGAUUGAGAGUAUGGAAGGAGCUACUAGCCAGGAAGACCCAGUCUCCACCAUGCAUGGGAUUCAAGCCAGCUGAUGCAGUGCUACCAGACCCAAGAGGCACAGGCUGAGCAGAAGGGAUGGCAUUCAGUGUAAGCGUGGCUAUAGACUGUCCAUGCAUGUUUGUUUGUGCAUCUGCCUGGGGACAGAGAGACAAAACAGCAGAAUGACUGUCCCACUAAUGGGAGCGAGGAUGGCCUUUUCCCUUGCUGGAGUCAUCAAAACCAGUCAGCUCUUGAGAAGACUGCCUGACACCUUGAAUAUGUAACUCAGAGUUUUUAAAUGUCCCAUGCUGGUGAGGGUGUGGAGCAAAGGGAACUCUCCAUUGCUGAUGGGAAUGCAGAAUGUUAGACACCCUGUGGAAGAGUUUGGCAGCUUCUUAGAAAGCUCGAGAUAUGCCAGGGAUUUAGCUCAAUGGCACUGUGUCUGCCUGGCAAGCACAAGGUCCUGAGUUCAAUUUCCAGUAAUGAAAAAAAAGAAAAAAUCUUCAGAAAGCUCGAGAUAGUCUUGCCAUACAAUUCAGCCAUCGGGCCUUGUUGUUUACCCAAAUGAGUUGCAAACUUUGGAACAUCUAUACAGUGGAAUACUGUUCAGUGAUUUUAAAAUGAGCUAUCAAGCCAUAGAAAGACAUGAUGAAACCUUAAAGGCAAGGUGUUAAGUGAAAGGUGUCAGGGCUGGGCGUGGUGGUGCAUGCCUGUAAUCCCAGCACUCGGAAGCCUGAGCCAGGAACAUCACCACAAGUUCGAGGCCAGGCUGGGCUACAUCGUGAGACCUUGUCUCAGAAAAACAAAAAAACAAACAAACCAACAAAACCCUUAAAAUUGGAAAGCAAAUCAUUCAGUUAAAAAAUGGACUGGAGUCUUCAACAGACACCUCACCAAAGAUGUACUGGUGGCAAAUGAGCACUUAAAAAGAUGUCCCAUAUCAGGUCAUCAGAGAAAUGGAAAUUAAAGCAAUGAGGUUCCACUGGCCACCUACUAGACUGACCAAAACCCAGGACACUGAGAACCCCAGGAACCAGCAAAGGUGUGGAGAACAGGGGCUCUCAUUCUUUGCUGGUGAGAAUGCAGAGCCUCUUUGGAACCAAGUUGAUAGUGACUUGCAAAACUGAAUAUAUUCUUAUCAUACAAUCUAGCAUUCAUGCUUAAUAUCUUUCCAGAGGAGUUGAAAAUUUAUAUCCACACCAGGAAAAAAAAAAACUAUUCACAGAUGUUUAUACCAGCUUUAUUCAUAUUUACCAAAACUUGGAAGCAACCAAGAUGUCCUUCAGUAGGUGAAUGGAUGAAUAAACUAUGCUACAUCCAGACAAUGGAAUAUUGUUCAGCACAAAACAAAUGAGCUCUCAAGCCAGGACGAGAUGUGGAAGAACUUUACAUAUUAUUCAGGGAAAAGGCCAAUCCGAAAAGGUUCCAAUCCAUCUGAUCCCAGCUUCAUGACAUUCUGGGAAACGUAAAUAUGCAGGUAGUAGAAGGAUCAGUAGUUUCAGGUCUUAGUGGGGUGGGAGGGUUGAAUAGACAGCACAGAUUUUCAGGGCAGUGGGAAUGCUCUCUACGAUGCUAGAAUGGUGUGUGCAUGUCAUGAAUUUGUUCAAACCCCAGGAGUAAGCCCUGAGAUACAUAGGGGAUGCUGGGUUAAUGUGAUGUGUCAGGGAAGGGGCAUCGGGACAGCAAGCGCCCCACUCGGUAGAGGAUGUUGGUAGUGGGGGAGGGAACCGUGCGUGUGUAGGCCCAGAGGAAACAGGGAAAUCUCUGAACCUUUCUCCUGCCAUUGCUGUGAACCUAAAACUGCUCCGUGAACAAUCAAAUGUGCCCCAAACAGUAAGUAAACCGCAUUCAUAGUAUGAGAGUAGCAAAUGCUGACAUCCUGGCCAGUUCCUCUUUAGAAGGCCACCACACCCAUUUCUUUCAAGGCUGCUUUGCGCUUAGCUGACACCUUCACCGCAGUGCCGGAGAACUGCCUCAGCUGACCAGAACUGUCUAGCCAGGAAGUGCCCAAGGGGCUGUGUCCACCGCCAAGGGCAGUUUCUGGGCGCACUGGGGCAAGGUACAGAAAUCGGCCUUUCUGUCCCCAGACCCUACACCUUUGUGACAUCCACACUGCAGCGUUUCCUAGUGGCCGCUAGACGUCAGCCACACACACAGCUGUGCCUGCCUCUUCCCAGCCUGCCUUCCAGAGCUGUCGGAGAGCUUUCUCAGUAGCACCUUGCACAAUCUGCUUCUGGAAACCUGCCCAGGGCAGUACCAGGAACAGACUAGAGACAAUGGGGUUCUAGUGUCACAUGCUGGCCGCGGGGGAGUAAGAGGUCCUUGGCUGGUGUUGGGGAGUGGUGGGGGUCCUGGUCCCAGGCUGCUGCAGGAGCUCCAUGGCCCAGACCCUCACCUGGGGGACCUGGUUUCAGACCCGGAGGAUAGGGAUGCACCCACUGGCAUUGCAUCUUUAGCAUCUGAGAGGGGGAGAUGUUAUCUCAGGGUGGUGGAAUUGGGAGGCCAUUGCUCAGCACCCCUGAGUCACUAAGAGAAAAUGGCAGGCUCAGAUUAGUCACCAAUUUAAGGCCCAGUGUGGAGUCAGCAGGCCUCUGAGUCAAGGUCCCGUCCCCAGCUCCUCCCUCAGGGGGAGGCAGCAGGACUCAGCUGGCCUCCUCCUCCAUGGGCUCUCAGCGAUGGAGACGCCGUGGCAGCAGAAUUGGAGUUGUGUGUGGGCCUGGCAGUGUGAGCUCCCUGUCCUCAGGGCCGACCUGGGAUGUGACCUGGCUGUCAUAUCUGUCACCCCUUUGCUUGCCAGUGUUGAUCUGGAGGCCCUGACAGGCCAAGUGGGUGUCCCCUUGCCCCUCACUGCCCCAUUUGUCUCUCCCGAGCCUCGUGUUCAGGAAGGACGGCCUUCCCCACGAGAGGGACCCUCUUCCUUAGGGCCCAGGAGUAGCUGCGCCUGCCUGCAGGGCCUCCGCACGGCCCUCAGGUACACUUAUGGGGGAGCAUCUGGCAGUCGGGCUUCUAAGACCUGACCCAGAUACCCAGCUGAGGCGCAGUGUGGCAGUCGCCUUUCUUUAAAGCAGACAGACUGACCGAGCCACUGCCACUGCUGAAUGUCCCGCUGACAGCAGAGACUGUGAGGGCCAGAGUCCCUUACUCACUCUCCCUUGAGGAAACAAGCUGACCUGUCACCCGGCAAAGAGGCACCAUGUGUGAUCGAUCAUGUGAACUGCUUGGAUCGAGAAACUUACUCAGUGGCCAGAGGGCUCCGCUGUGGGCACAGGGCACAGGGCCUGCAGUCCUGCCCCCCACACUCAGGCGCUGCCAGCCCCAUGGGGCAGUGGAGCAGCGAGCGCGGGUGAGGCAGGCGGGGCACAGUGUAGACCCAGAACCUUGAGGGAGGGGUGCCCACCUUCGGGACACGGCGGCGCGUACCUUGCAUCCAUGGCGCUGUACGCCAGGGGGCAAAGCCGCUGAGUCCGGGAGCCAGGUGCCCCGUGAAUUGUGACCUUGAUUUCAUGGCUCCUUGUGACCCACAUGGGAAACAUCCCCGUCCUCGCUGAAACUUUCGCCUCUGUGGACCUAGAGGUCUUGGUUCCCAAGGGGAUCGGUUCCACUAGGGACACAGCGAGAGUCCGGCCUAACUUGCAUGUGUGUCUGCCCCAGCCUGGGCGGCUGCUCCCAGGCUCUACCUCCAGGCCCCACCUCCCUCCCACCUGUUCCAGAUGCCUCCCCUGGGGGCCCGUCUGGCCCCUGGCUGGUGUCUUGCACAGCAAUGUCCCAAACUCAUCUGGGCCUCAGGGAGCACAGAGAGAUGCCGCAGGGGCCCCGGGCAGAGCCCCCUCCCCGCCUGUGUCCCCACUGACUCCUUCUAGUGUGCCAGCUGCUUUCUUUGUCCGCUGGCUGCCGGUGUGAGGACGAGGUGGCAAGGCUGUCAGGCAUCGGGGCCAGGGCCAGUUGGGGGAAGGAGGUAGGAUUCCCCGUGAGGACUCCCCCGUGGUGGACAGGACAGUCCCACGACAGCCAGGCUGCUGUUUGCAAUGCUCCUGGCUCACCAACCUCUCUGGUAGCUGACAGUGAAAAUGAACAAGUUUGGCUAAUGAUAUCUUAGUAGCCUGGAUUGUGUGGAAAUUUUUGAAUUCUAGUUUCACUUUUAUCUCUAAUCUGCAAAGCCUCGGCCAUGUCAAGGCUAGAUAAAAUGAGACUGAGCAUCAUACCUUGGAGGCAGCAAGCCUGGAACCUGUCUGAGGAGCCCGAGAGCCCAGUCCCUAGGUGGCCACUUCUCAGGUCCCUGGGGGUCUUACAGGUGACCUAUGGGACAUCUAGUGUGAUACAUAGGGUUGUGUCUUUGCUUGUUUUGUAGCUUCACUAAAGUAAUUUACCUUCAAUAUUAAUAUUUUACUAUUCAAAGAUAUUUCAUUCACAUUUGUAUUUUGAUAAAGGAAAUCAGUUCUAGCAAACAGCCUUCUCUGAGAGUAUAGAUUAUUUUAAAUAUCUCACCAAUUGAUUUUAACUAUUUUGUUUCCUUUUCUGAUUAUAAAAUAUAAAAUGAUCAGAAAAGAUUGUCAAAAAUUUAGGAAAUACAGAAAAGUACAAAUGAAACUGCAAAUCAGACAGAACCAGAUAAAACCAUUUUAAUAGUCUUCUCUCAGACUGUGUUUAUAGAUAUGCAUUAUUUGGGGGGGGGAAUAACACUGGGACCACACUGAAGUUUGGGUGGCUUUGUAUUUUAGUCUUAUUGACAAUUUUCCAUAAAUCUGAUGAAAUGGAUAAGACUUAGACUGAACCCCACUGGACAUAUUGGCUUAUCCUCUACCCCAUCUACCUUCGUGCCCAUUCCAACCCAGAACAUUUGAAGGCAGCUGGGGUUGAACUAGGAAGUAUUUUCCCAGUUGUGAAGUUUCUUUGUCCCCAACUCACAGCAGCUCUGAAACCCUAAAUCAGCAAAUUCUGGCUGGGUGUGGUGGCACACACCUGUAAUCCAGCACUCAGGAGGUUGAGGCAGGAGGAUCACCACAAAUUCGAGGCCAGCCUGGGCUACAUAACAAGACCCUGCCUCAAAAAACCCAAAUUAAGCCGGGGAUUUAGCUCAGUGGUUCCACCGCCUGCCUCCCUCGCAAGCUCAAGGUCCCGAGUUUGAUCCCCACUACCAAAAAUAAAUAAAAUAAAAUAAAGAUUUCUUUAAAAAACAAAAAAACAAAGAUUUCUUUUUUAAAAAAUUAAAUAAAUAACUAAAUCCACAAACUCAGACUGCCUUGGAAGCGGGUGAGGACUUUGACAAGGAAAAUUCACUGGAGGGGAGAAGAAAAAAAAAAAAAAAAAGAAGUGUUCUGUGUUCUGAGAAGAUGUGGAAUC